CGGGGCCAGGCGAAAGGGGCGGGGCUCAUUCCCGGGAACCGAACCUGGCGGUUCAGGCCGUGGAGUCAGAGCAGUCGGGUCUUCCUCUUAGCGUUUUCCCGCGCUGCGCAGGGCUUCUUCCGGUGGCGCUGCGGGUCGGAGGGCCGCCAGCCAAGCACAGGUUGCCUGAAAGACAGGAAAAUGGAGGACUCCGUAAACCAGAUGCGCCCGCUGAAUGACAAGCAGGUAGCCAAUUCCGAGGGUGGGUACGUGUGGCAAGUCACUGACAUGAAUCGCCUGCACCGCUUCCUCUGCUUUGGUUCUGAGGGCGGAACUUAUUAUAUCAAAGAGCAGAGGCUGGGCCUGGAGAACGCCGAGGCUUUGAUUCGAUUGAUUGAAGAUGGCAGAGGAGGCGAAGUGAUCCAGGAGAUCAAGUCGUUCAGCCAGGAAGGCCGAGCCGCCAAGCAGGAGCCCCUGCUGUUCGCACUGGCCGUGUGUUCCCAGUGCUCCGACAUCAGCACGAAGCAAGCCGCGUUUAAAGCCAUUGCCGAAGUGUGUCGCAUUCCCACACAUCUCUUUACUUUCAUCCAGUUCAAGAAAGACCUGAAGGAAAGCAUGAAAUGUGGCAUGUGGGGCCGCGCCCUCCGGAAGGCCGUGGCGGACUGGUACAGUGAGAAAAGCGCCAUGGCCCUCGCUCUGGCAGUUACAAAGUACAAGCAGAGAAAUGGCUGGUCUCACAAAGAUCUGUUACGGUUGUCACACCUGAAACCCUCCAGUGAAGGACUUGCUAUUGUGACCAAAUAUAUUACAAAGGGCUGGAAAGAAGUCCAUGAAUUGUAUAAAGAAAAAGCACUUUCUGUGGAGACUGAAAAAUUAUUAAAGUAUCUGGAGGCUGUAGAGAAAGUGAAGCGCACAAAAGAUGAGCUGGAAGUCAUCCAUCUAAUAGAGGAGCAUAGAUUGGUGCGGGAGCACCUUCUAACAAAUCACUUAAAGUCUAAAGAGGUAUGGAAGGCUUUGUUACAAGAAAUGCCUCUUACCGCAUUACUACGGAAUCUAGGAAAGAUGACUGCUAAUUCACUGCUUGAGCCAGGAAAUUCAGAAGUAUCUUUAGUAUGUGAAAAGCUGUGUAAUGAUAAACUGUUAAAAAAGGCUCGUAUAUAUCCAUUUCACGUUUUAAUUGCAUUAGAAACUUACAAAACAGGUCAUGGGCUCAGAGGAAAACUAAAGUGGCGCCCUAAUGAUGAAAUUUUGAAAGCUUUGGAUGCUGCUUUUUACAAAACAUUUAAGACAAUUGAGCCAACUGGGAAGCGUUUCUUACUGGCUGUUGAUGUCAGUGCUUCUAUGAACCAAAGAGUUUUAGGCAGCGUCCUCAACGCCAGCACAGUCGCCGCAGCAAUGUGCAUGGUUGUCACACGAACAGAAAAAGAUUCCUUUGUAGUUGCUUUUUCAGAUAAAAUGGUACCAUGUCCAGUAACUACAGAUAUGACUUUACAACAGGUCUUAAUGACUAUGGAUCAGAUCCCGGCAGGUGGAACUGAUUGCUCCGUUCCUAUCACCUGGGCUCUGAGGACAAAGACAGCUGCUGACGUCUUUAUUGUCCUUACUGACAACGAGACCUUCGCCGGGAGUGUCCAUCCCGCUGUGGCCCUGCGGCAGUACCGAGAGAAAAUGGAUAUCCCAGCUAAACUGAUUGUUUGUGGAAUGGCAUCGAAUGGUUUUACUAUUGCAGACCCAGACGACAGAGGCAUGUUGGAUAUGUGUGGCUUUGAUACAGGAGCUCUGGAUGUAAUUCGAAAUUUCACAUUAGAUAUGAUUUAAACACAGGCCACCACCAUGAUCUAAGAGGUCUGUUGCCAUUAGUGAUCUCAUUAAAAACAUGCAGCUACUUCCCAGCUAAGCUUAAUCCAAUGAAAGAUAAGAGGAUGGCAUAGUAUGUGCAUAGCAGAAAGUUACCUUACCAAAAAGAAAAAAGAAAAGAUAAGCCCAAAGUUCUUUGUCUACUAACCAAGCUCCUGGGAAGUAGCUUCAGAUACACUGUAGCUCCAUGUAAUAGAGAACUUCCUGUUGAUAGACACUGUAAAAUAGUCUAACAGUUUUGCUUUGGUGAAUAAUCACAUUUGUACUUAAAAGAAGAGCCAAAAGUGUAAGUAAUUCCAUAGUAGUCACUUGUUGGAGAAGUGCUUACAGUUUUCUUAAACGUUUUCAUUGGGAAAGGACAGCUUCGAUAAUGUCCAUAGACUCUGAAAUGCACUGGACCAUGUAACUGUGAUGGAGUGUGAAACUCAUCUGUAAACUUUUAUAUGGGGUGGAGGGCGGAGGGUGUAAAACACAGAAACCAAGACAUUUGCUUACGUUACGAAUGAGUUUUUAAAAAUUCCUCUAAGAAUUUUCUAAUGUCACAUAAAUAGCAGCUUUCUUAUUCAGUACAAAAGAAACUUUGUUUCUCGUGUUUUAUUUACACUUGUAGAAUUGUUACCAUUAACCAGAAACAUACUGGAAACCCUGAGAAGGGGCUCUAAUGUUAGUGUCCACAAGGAAGUCUCUGGUUUGCUUUUUUUUGUUUGUUUCUGUGUAUUUUAUUGCUGUGAGUUAGGAGCAUGACUUGACAGCUUCCUCAGAAAUAUAGCAACAUAGCCACAUGGAGUACUUUCUUUUUUUCAUCUCUUAAAUGAAGAUAACAUAAAAUGUUUCAAGAAUUUAACUCCCCCAUUCAUAAUGUGAAAAUAUGACAAAGUCUCAACUAUGACCUUAAGAUUAACUGUUUCCUUACUUUAAAAUAAAUAUUGUUCUAAUUACUUUUAACUAUUUUUUUAGCCAACUGUAAAUGGGUUUUAGAUAUUUUCUAAUUGUAAACAUGUCAGUGGCCUAUUUCUUUGUCCCUUAUUGGCAAAACAUUGUUUUUUGACAGAGUAAAAAAAUAAACUAGGUCUUUGAAAGGUAAUUUUUGAGUAAUGAAUUUCCGCUAACCAGUCUGUAAGAAAGUAUUUUUUUUCUAUUUUGUUUGUCUAUAUUAAACUUCUUUUCAUUACACUAAA